AUGGCGCAGGUCCUGAGGGUCGUGGGGAUCAAAGAAUAUGAGCCAAGACGUAUAAAUCACAUGUUGGAGUUUGCCUUCCCCUAUGUGACCACAGUUCUAGAUGAUGCCAAAAUUUACUCAAGCCAUGCUAAGAAAGCUACUGAUGUGCAAUUGCAAUCCAGUAUACGCCGACCAGUUUUUUUUUUACCUCUCCGCUCCAAGAGAUUUUUAUUAGAUAUUGCAAGGCAAAGAAAUCAAACCCCUUCGCCUUUGAUCAAGCCGUAUUCAAGUCCUAGAUUGCCACCCAAACUAUAUUGUCUUUCGGCAGCUAAAUACAGGCUGAAGUCUUUACAGAAAAAGGCAUCAACUUCUGAGGGAAGAAUAACAGUACCCAGAUUAAAUGUUGGUUCAGUUACUAGCCGACCAGGUAUUCACACACUAGGCACAUCACCCCCACAAACCAUGUUUGUGGCAACUAAAGUAAGGACUCAAAUGUCCCUCACAAGGCAAAGGUUUACAGUGUAGAUGUCUGCUUCACAUUGCCGUGAAGUGUUAAUUCUUGUAACAUCAGCAAUUCAGAAUGUUCUGGUUAAUCCAUCACGAAUGGAACAUUCUUAUUACACUAAUAUGGUGUCAUCACAAACUACUGCCAAUGGAAAAAAAAAACAUGAAGAAGAUGAUGAUGAUGAUGACGAUGAUAAUUUGUAA